AUCAACACCGCGCUUGCUCACACGGAUACACACGCAACCAGCAGCGGCGUCUGUUUGGGCUCAAACUAACGUGUUCCUCUACUUUGUAUGUGUGUGUAUGUGUGUGAGAGUGUGAGAGUGUGUGAACGGUAUUGACGUUAAAGUUACACAUAAUACAAAACGGCCAUGUUAGCGAUGUUUCGGGGACCGGACCGCGGUCGGAGAGCCGACCGGAGGAUGUAACGGCAGCUCCAGAGCCGUUGGGACUGCACGAGACAGCCUCGGUGUGAAUACAAAAGGAACCGCCGAGGAGAAGAGACGAUGGUGGGGAGAGCGGCGGCGGCGGCGGCGGCGGCAGGGGGAGCGGGUUUCUCAUCCACACGAGUUUCAGCUCUCUGAAAUCACUAUUAACUUUUGUAAACUGGUUGGGGGAGUUUUAAAAACAAAGAAAAUCCUCCAGCAUGUCGGAUCCAAGUCACUGGUCUGCGGUGCCGAGCCAGAAUAAGUCCCAUUUUGUUCCGGGAGCGUUGCUGAAGCGUUCAAAAAGCUGUCGCAGCAGCAACAGGAAGAGCCUCGGUGUCGGAACGCCAUCACCCACGCUGUCCCGGCCGCUCUCCCCGCUCUCACUCCACACUGCCGCGAGCAGCCCUCUAGACAGCCCUCGAAAUGUGUCGACCAGUGCCUGCCUCAACUUUCCGUUUGCCCGAAGUCACCUGGCUCGCGCCGACAGGGCUGAGGGCCGGAGAUGGUCCCUGGCAUCUCUCCCCUCGUCUGGCUAUGGAACCAACCCGCCAAGCUCCACUGUCUCAUCCUCCUCGUCCUCCCAGGAGCGCCUUCACCAGCUUCCCUACCAGCCGACACAAGAUGAGCUGCACUUCCUCUUCAAACACUUCCGCAGCACAGACAGCAUGACUGAUGAGGACGGACGGCCCUCAACGGUCAUACGACCUCGUUCUCGCAGCCUCAGCCCCGGGCGAUCGAGUGUCUCCUUUGAUAAUGAGAUUGUCAUGAUGAACCAUGUUUACAGAGAACGUUUUCCAAAGGCCACAGCCCAGAUGGAGGAGCGCUUGUUGGAGAUUAUCACCCACUGCUCUCCAGACAGCUCCCUCCCGUUGGCUGACGGGCUGCUGGGCUUCAUCCAGCACCAGUUAGUCGAGCUGGUCAGAGACUGUCUGGACAAGUCCCAGAAAGGCCUGGUUACUUCCCCCUACUUCGCUGAGCUGCAGGAGAAGCUGGAUAAGCUGCUUCAUGAGGCCUACGACCGCUCUGAAAGCGAGGAGGUAACCGUCAUCAUCCAGCUGGUGAGGAAGAUCCUCAUCAUAAUCUCUCGGCCCGCUCGCCUCCUGGAGUGUCUGGAGUUUGACCCAGAAGAGUUUUAUCACUUGCUUGAGGCAGCAGAGGGUCAUGCCAAAGUCGGCCGGGGAAUCAAGACGGACAUCCCACGGUACAUCAUCAGCCAGCUGGGUCUGACACGAGACCCAUUAGAAGACAUGGUACAGCUUGAACAUUAUGAUCACAGUCCGUCAGUGCCCGUGGAACCUGAUGCUAAUGUGGAGAAUAAAGCCCCACAGACGCUGACACCAACUCGAAGGAAACCUCUUGAGAGUGACUUUGAAACAAUCAAACUCAUCAGUAAUGGAGCUUAUGGGGCUGUAUACCUGGUCCGCCACAAGGAGACACGCCAACGGUUUGCCAUGAAAAAGAUAAAUCGUCAGAACCUGGUCCUGAGGAACCAGAUCCAGCAGGCUUUUGUUGAGCGGGACAUCCUAACUUUUGCUGAGAACCCCUUUGUUGUCUCCAUGUUCUGCUCUUUUGAGACGCGACGACACCUCUGCAUGGUCAUGGAGUAUGUGGAAGGUGGAGAUUGUGCCAACCUGCUCAAGAACAUGGGCCCAUUGCCUGUAGAAAUGACAAGGAUGUACUUUGCUGAAACAGUCCUUGCCCUGGAGUACCUUCACAACUAUGGCAUAGUGCACCGGGAUCUCAAACCUGACAAUUUGUUGAUUACAUCCAUGGGCCACAUCAAGCUGACGGACUUUGGCCUGUCUAAAAUCGGCCUGAUGAACAUGACCACCAACCUGUACGAGGGUCACAUGGAGAAAGACACAAGAGAGUUUGUUGACAAACAGGUGUGUGGCACUCCAGAGUACAUCGCCCCAGAGGUGAUCCUCAGGCAGGGCUAUGGAAAGCCAGUGGACUGGUGGGCGAUGGGGAUCAUACUCUAUGAAUUCCUGGUCGGAUGUGUUCCGUUCUUUGGAGACACACCUGAAGAGCUUUUUGGACAAGUUGUCAGUGAUGAAAUCAUAUGGCCAGAAGGAGACGAUGCCUUACCUUCUGAUGCCCAGGACCUGAUCACCCGCUUGCUCAGACAGAGUCCUUUAGACCGACUGGGAACUGGUGGCGCCUCAGAGGUCAAACAGCACCCCUUCUUUCUGGGUUUUGACUGGAAUGGACUCCUGAGGCAGAAAGCUGAAUUCAUCCCUCAGUUGGAGGCGGAGGACGACACCAGUUACUUUGACACUCGUUCAGAGCGUUACCAUCAUUUGGCAUCUGACGAGGAUGAGGAAACAAAUGAUGAAGAGUCUUCCUUGGAAAUCAAACAGUUUUCUUCCUGGUCGCAUCGCUUCAGCAAGGUUUACAGCAGCACAGAACAUCUGGCGACACCGUCGAACCUGAGUUUCUCCUCUGACCGCAGCCACAGUGAGGACAAGGAGGACCGCGGGGACAUAGGAGGACUCAGUCCUUCCCCGAGCCCAGCAGAGGGCAGCGUGGAGCGCAGGCAUGCUGGACGUAUGGCCAGCCUUCGCCCUCGGGCCUCUUCCAGCUCCUCCCAGUCUGAGAGGAGCACCAGUCCUCUGGUGAUGAGCAGCACCCAUAGCCUGGAGACGAUGCCCCGCUUUGCCCUCUCCACGGAUGAUGAAGCUGAGGUGGUUGUGUCAAACCUUCGGAGGAUCAGGAUUCGAAGCAACAGCACUGGGGCUAAACACUCCUCCCCCAAGGACCCAGCCGGCCCUCGACGCUUCGGUAACCAGCUGGAGACACCGGACCGACAGAGGCUUCCCUGCGGAGGGAAGGUUCCCAAGUCAGCCUCUGUCUCAGCCCUGUCUCUCAUCAUCACUACAGAUGACUCGCCCGGUGGCCUCCAGCCCAGUCCCAUCUCCCCACGCUCCCUGUCCUCCAACCCUUCGUCCCGCGACUCCUCCCCCAGCCGGGACCUGUCGCUCAGCCCCGGCAGCCUGAGGCCUCCCAUUGUCAUCCACACCUCAGGGAAGAAGUAUGGCUUCACCCUGCAGGCAAUCCGAGUCUACAUGGGCGACAGUGACGUCUACACAGUGCAUCACAUGGUGUCGAGUGUGGAGGAGGGCAGUCCGGCUCACCAGGCUGGUCUCUGCACUGGAGACCUUAUCACCCACGUGAAUGGAGAGUCUGUCCAAGGCCUGGUCCACCCUGAGAUGAUAGAAUUACUACUGAAGAGUGGCAGCAAGGUGGCGCUUCAGACCAUAGCACUUGAGAACACGUCAAUCAAAGUGGGUCCUGCUCGAAAGACCAAACACAAAGGCAAGAUGGCUCGUCGCAGCAAGAAGAGCAAGAGGAGAGAUAAUUACGACAGGCGAAGAAGCAUUUUGAAGAAGUUGUCCAAGCAGAGCACAGUGAUGCACAGCAGUCGCAGCUUCUCCUCAGGUCUCCACCACUCAGUUUCUUCUAGCGAGAGUCUACCAGGCUCCCCGACACACAGCCUGUCUCCCGGCCCCUCCACACCCUGCCGGAGCCCAGCUCCCGACCAUCAGGCCUUUGACAAUAACUCCCCUCAGAGCACAUCUCCUUGCUCCAGCUCUCCCAGUUCUCCCGCUGCACACAUCCGGCCCAGCUCUCUCCACGGCCUGGGCUCCAAACUCAGCACGCAGCGCUACACCAAGGUGGGCCGCCGGAAGUCAACCAGCAACAUCCCCCCCUCACCCCUGGCCUGCAACUCCUCCUCAUCUUCCACCCAGCCUCUCUCUCCACAGCGCUCUCCUUCUCCGCUCUCAGGCUUCGCCAAAACCCUUCACACUUACCAUGGCAAAACCCUGUCCCCACCCACAAUCGUCAGACACAUUGUCCGGCCCCGCAGCGCUGAGCCACCUCGAUCUCCUCUGCUGAAGAGGGUACAGUCAGCUGAGAAGCUGUCUGGUGUGUAUCAUGCUGAUAAGAAGUCGUACGCCCCCCGCAGGCACACGCUGGAAGUGCCGUUUUACGGUGAGGGUGACCUGCUGGGUGACUCGGAGGCAGACGGUGCCUGCGGAAGCUCCUACAUUGGGGCUGAUCACAGCAGGCUCGGGGGAUACAUUUGCAGCCAGAGGAUGAGGGACUCUGGGAUUGAACGAUCAGAGCAGCUGGUCGUGAUGCGAAAGCUCAACCUAUCAGAGCGGCGGGACUCCUUUAAGAAACAGGAGGCGGUGCAGGAGGUGAGCUUUGACGAGCCAGAGGAGAAAACCAGCACCACGGUCACAGUGACCACCACAGCUGCAGGAGCCCAAACACAACAUCAGCAGCAGCAGCACAGGAUGGCCUGGAUGCUCACUAGACCACAAACCAGCGAGGAGGUGGAGCUGGAAGUGCCGGUGGUGAGGAGGUUCACACUGGUGCCCCAGAUUGCUGUACAGGGCUCAACAGAGAGCGAGCAGGAUGAGUGGGAGCCGUGUUCAGAUGGAGAAGAAACCAACGAGAUAGCUGAGCUGGAGGUGAGCGUCCCUACAUCUCAACAGGUGGGACGUCCUGUCUGCAGUCAGGCAUCAGAAAUCGUCUCUACUGGUCCUCAGGCUGGACCAUCAACAAAGAAGCCUGCAUGCAGAGAGGAAAAUCCACAAAAAGGCCAUCUGAGAAAGUGACAACUUGCCACUGCACUCAUUUUAAACUGCUCAUAUCUUUUCUUUCAAGUCUGUCAAAAAGUUGUAAACUCAUUUACAAACUUGUCUGGCUGAGAGCGUGUGGGAGAAGAUUUUACUUGAAUUUUGUAAUUGUAAAUAUUUGACUCAAGGCAUUGCAGAUGUUCUGGUCUUAUUUAUUACAUUUGUAAACUAUGAUGAGUUAGUAACUGGGAAAGAGGGAAGUUCUCAUUGGUUGAAUAGCCAAGGCUCAACAUUUUUGUAUCCAUAAAAUGUUGUUUUAUGUCUUUUGACUGGAUUUUAUAUAUAUAUAACACAUACAUAGUCGCGGUACAGAGUAGUUUGAUAAUGCUGGGCACUGUUGUUGAAGGACCAAAAGUUACAAGAAGUCAUUUUAGAAGAAGUUAUUUUUUUCCUCCUUCUUAGCAUCACCUUAGAUCUGAACAGUGCCGCCUACAAUAGUGUGAUACUGCUAUUAUUUUUGAUCUCCAUAAACCUAAGAGUGACCUUUGGUUCACACUGUGAGCAACAUGGUUGAUGUGUCAUAUUCUGAUCAAUUGUGAGCUGAACUCUGAAGUUGUAGCUACAAAUUACAACUGUUUUUGCUGCUUUGCUUCUGCCUUUAAUAGCACUACAUCCUAGAAGAAAACAUUGAAGCUGCCGAGCACUGAUUAGCGUGCAGGAAGAAAAAAAAACUGCUCACGUUUGAAAGUUGCUCCAAACUGAGAAGCUUUGCACAGCUAGAAGUCUUCCAUUUUGCAAAACAAUUUUUCAUGAAAGAAGAGGUGCAGAAUAAUUAAUGGUUGUCUGAUGGAAGACGGACAUGAAAAGAUUAGUUGUGCCCAUGUUUCUCUGACAACGUCAUCACAUUUGUAAGAUAUAUUAGUACUUCCAGUGACUUGUUGAUCAUGUUUCGUGCAGUGUGAAUUUACGGUCACGGCAUCAUUCUUAAAUGUGGAGCCAAUCAGUGCAGGGUAAUAUUGCACCCUGCCACCGUCCAGGUAUGACUUUAAAGUACAAUCUGUCAUAAAGACACAAUGAAGCCCGUUUAAAAAAAAAGGGUGUUAUGUGCCAUGAUAUCAGUGCAGUGUCCUCCAAGCCAUAUCUAUGAAGACCGAGAUGUCAGUUGAAACCGUGUUUUUGUGUUGUAUGUACUCUCAACUGAAGAUGUUUUCAAAGUACUUGUGUUUUUUUCCCCACUGGUAUCGCGAUCUCGACAACAUCUUAUAAGAAAUGAAGUUCUGGAUGUUGCAGAACACGACACUUUGCUUCGUGGCUACUCGAUAUAAACUUGUUGUGAUACGGUAUCACAGAGGUACCUCUAAUUAGUUUCGUAUGUUCCUGCACACUUGUGUAAACACUGGUUCAGCAUGGCUCUGUGUCUGGCUGUAAUAACUUGUUCUAAUCAAAGCAUGCAGGAAAACAUUGAGCAGCCAAAUUGAAGUCUUUGUCUUCUUCAGAGCCUGGAGGGAAUAUCUUUUUGUUAUAUUUAUUGUUGUCUUUUCUUACCUAUAGCAACAAGACAUUUUGUACCUGGAAAUGUUUCGGAUCCUCGUGUAUUGUUGGAGUUUUCUUUCCUGAAACGGUAGCUUUUGUCUUUUGUUUAUUUUUCCACGAGACACCAUGCCUAAAAGACCUGUUCCUACUUAAUUUACUGUGUAGUGAUGUUUACAUCGAGGGGAAACGUGCACUAAUGUAUUUUAACAUGAAUUUUGUAAGUGAAUGUUGAAGGUAAACUGAAAAUGGCAGAGGGAAACCCUUACAUUGAAUCCAAACCCAGGGCUUCUUUGAACAAAUGUUUUAUGUCUUUGUAUUGUACAAAUUUUGAUGUAUAUUUUGAUAACAAGGAUGUAUAAUUCCAUAUGAGUUAUAAGAACAUGAUAUGCACAAUGACAAUUACAAUUUGAGGCACCAGGAUUUUGGGAAGUCUUCAUUUGAGGGAAUGUGCUGUUUUUACAAACGACCUUGCUGGGAUUCAGAACAGUAUACUUCACAUUUUUCCACUACAGAGUUUUGAGGUUUAUCGUCUUAUUUGUCAGUGUUUUUUUUUUUUUUUUUUUUUUACUGACUUUCUCUUGAGUCUUGAAUCAGAAUUGUUGAUGUGUUACCUAAGUCCUUCUUCCUCCUUAAAGAAAAGUCCUUAAAUCUCACGAUGACGACCUUUACAGGAUGCUAUUGUCGCGUCAGCGCGGAGAGAUCACGUCACUGAACGACUCAGUUAUUUUUGCAGUCUGACAGAAUUGUUUACAAUGAACAAACAUGCUAUGUACUGUACAGACAUUAUUAUUAAUUUUUUUUUUAUCCUGUGGCUAUAUAUGAUGAAACUACCCUCUUUGAUACCAUGAAAGAAAAUAACAUUCAAAGACGUGACAUAUCUGUUUUUGUUUUGUUCUUUUGAAUCUGUUCAUAAAGAGUGAGUUAGUACCAAGCUGAGAAGCAUUUAGUGUUCUUACAUGCACUUAAGUUACUGGUUUAUCGCCAGCUUUUUGAAAAUGCCUGUGUCCAGAGGUUACAUACAGGAUCAACCCAGUUUUAUUGACUGGACUAAGGGAUGAAAGGAAACUUGGUUAACACAGAUAGAUUUCUGCUGGAAAAACUGAUUUCUUGGCCGUGUAAACACUUGUGCCCAUUUGCAUGAAAAAGGUGUCAUACAGGGAAAGUAAUGCUGCAGAGGGAUGAGUGAAACAGUAUUAUACUAGAGGGGCAUAUUAUACUAGAGGGGCAUUUAUUUAGCUGAUUUAACACUAUUUGUACACAUCACAUUCAUGCACACAGUAAGGGACAAACCUAAACUCUACACUGUACUGUAAAAAGGCUUCAUAGUUAAAGAAUACGUCACUACCACACAUAAAAUAUGCUAUUCUUUGUUCCAAAAUGAUAUGGCAGGUGGUUUGGGAGAAUCCUCUUUACAGUGCACGUAUACCUGAUUUAUCCCCCCCCCCAAAUAACCUGGUUUCUGAUAUGAAUGUAAGUGUAGUCGAUGUUUGAUCUCUACUGGUUGAAAGCCUCGAGUCUGUUUAGAAGCUCUAUAACCACAUUUAAACAGCGGUACGGUACCUUCAGCCACUGGAGGUCAGCAAAGACGGGAUUCUCAGCUGGUGUUAAACUCACUCUGAAAAGAACAAACUGGCAGUCAAACUGUUGUACAUGUGCAUGUGUUCUCCCCGUGGACUCUUCUGUUCAGUGCAUGCUGCAUGAGACAAGCACACAUCUGUAAUACUUGAUUGCAUGGUAUACCGGCGUUGUCGCCCCUGUACUGUGUUUUCUUGUGCAACAAAUAAAAUUUGUAUUUCUCUUUGCCUCA